AUGACAACCAAGUAUUUUACCAUUCAGACAUACAACGGCCGGUCGACCAUUUCUGUCGACCGUUUGAAGCCGGCAUGUCUUGAGCAAGCCGCCAAACAGCUCCAUCCAGAUCGACAGCAAUCCAACAUUCCGCAGCAACCUGAAUCAUCAUCGUCAAACCAAAGUCAGCAGUCCACUUCACGAUCAGAACCACUGUUUACCAAAACAGACCUCGUUUCGCCAACUGAAGUGGAGGAUUCACCAUUUGUUAUGGUUUCUUGUUGGUCAGUAGACAUUUCCGGUUCAUUGUUAUUUGAUGGAGUAGAACUCAAUGACUCACAGGGAUCGGUGAAGACAGGAGAAUCCGAAUCUACAAACGAUGGGACAGUAACAGAAGUGGGGGCAAGGUCUUCUGUUGAGACUGUCGACUGGCAGCGCCGGACCUCCUUGCAACCAUUCAGUCACAUAGUGGUCCCACUCACCACUAUUUUUCUAACAAAUUACUUUCCUCUUUUUUCGUUUGCCCACUCACCUUUCUUUCAUUUUCAUAAGUUUCUUUUCUUCUCUCUUAGUUUUAUUCUUACUUUCUUUUCUUUCUUCAUUCCUCUUCUUCAUAUUUUAAUCUUCAUUCUUUUUCUUCUGUCGAAUCACUCCUUCUCUUACUUUAGCUCUCUUACUUUUUCUAUUAACAUUUGUUUUGUUUUUUUCUCUCUAUCUCUGCUACCCCAACAACAAACUUCCACUACCCGAGCCUCCCCCUAG